AUGCGGUCUUUUUCCAGCUUAAUUUUGAGCCUUUCAAACAAGAAUUUUUAUCCAGCGUCAAAAAAUUCGUUUUUUUCGGGCGAGUUCUUGUCGGGUAAUACUCUACAAACAAAUGGGUCAGUUGUUGGUAAAAUUCAAGGAAUGGCGUGAAAAACUUGAGUUAUCGCACGAAAAGGCAAAACAUGGGUCUUCCAGGACCAUCUCUCUAGAGCAGAAGUUGUUACCCAGUGAAGACGAUCAGAAACCAACCAAAGACUACGGUGCAACACAUGAAAUUAAAACACUGCCAUCCUCAGAUGAACUAUUCACGAAAUUAGACACGUUGGAGCGUGUCUUGGAUGACCAAAAGAAAUUCCUCGAGGAUCAUGAUGCAAAGAUACAAGAAAUAGAAAAUUUUAUUAGAAAACUAGCCAACGAGCGAGAAGAAAAUCAGCAAGCUAUUGAGUUGCCUCACUGUCUCGUUUCAGAGGUUAAACUUAGUGACCCCUGGGGAAGGUUUGAGCAACACAAGCAGAUUCUAACGAGCCACGAGGAACGACUCGAGAAAAAUGCCAUCAAGAUUGAGAUUAUUAAAGAAAUGCUGGAUGACAUACAAGGAGGCCAAGGAAGUGAGGUGUUGAAGCAAAAACUUAAGGAAUACAAAGAACUGUUGAAAAAGGGAAGAGAAUGUUAUGAGAGGUUAAAGGAAGAGGUAGAGGAACAGCUUCAAAUCCAACAGAAGCAACUCGAUAACAUGUUAGCUGGUUUUAUAGUGGGUUUUGUGGUACUGGUGAUAAUUUUCAUGGUACCAAGAACACUUUUGACAUCUGGAUAAUACCUGUACCACCAACAUCACACAUUGUUGGAACAAUGCUACCAGCUGUUAAUUACUGCCGUUUAACAUUGGCAAACAUGGGCAAGGCCGCAAAACAGGGCUCAAAUAUCAAACUGCAUUAAAAAUUAUUACUGCUAUUUAACAUUGGCAAACAUGGGCAAGGCCACAAAACAAGGCUCAAAUAUCAAACUGCAUUAAAAAUUAUCAUUACAGUUGUAAUAUUCGACAACAAACAGCUUUAGUCAUCAAGGGGUGAUUUUCACAAGAACUCACUCCCUAAGGUAUGAAGUAAUUUAACUUCCUUAAAAAAAUUAUCUUGACAAGCGUGUAUGACAAGCUUAUUCCAAAGGAACUGA